CCGUUCUUCAAAAUUUGCUCUGAAUUUGCUACACUUUUGGCCCAUUUGGCCUUCCACACUGCACAUACGCUCACACGAAUCUUGAAGUGACCGUGAAAAGUAACCAAAAAUAAUUUCCUUCUUGGAGAAGCUUGUGCAGAGUGGACAUGAUAUUUUGUUUGGGGGAAGAAACCUUCACAGAAUAGAAACGCGCCUGAAAGUCUUCAAUGUGAUUAUUUAUUUAAAGAAUGAUCUGAGCAACAGGUAAAAACUCUCAGUGACGGUAAUAUUUUGUGAAGGUCUGCAAAAUUCAGGCAUUUUAGAAGAACGCAUGUGCUGUAUUUCUACCGUUUUCCUGUUCUCCUGAAGUAGUUUUCAUUGUAUUAAUCUUGCCGUGUUUUUGGUGAAAGAAGGUUGGGUGAAUAUUUUGAAUUUGGUUAGAGCUUGUCCCUCUGGUUCAGCGUGAGCGUCUGCGCACGUCAGUCCGGGGAGGGCAAUGAGAUGCUGCUUAUUAAUGCUGCGCGUGUGACAACAGCCAGCCAGGAGCAGUCCAGACCGCCAGCGCGCGGAGGCAACGGGGGACAAAGAGCGCGCGCGCGUCUACCGGCGCGGAAAACAAUGCGUGAGAAAACAGUGACGGUUUGAAAAAGCGAGUCGGAGAGAAAAACCGAGAGGAGGACAGAGGAAAGGCGGCGGGGAGAGCGAGGAGGGACAGACAGCAGAACCCGUGGGGUUCUUUCGAGAAGACACAACGCAGACCUAAAGCGCGCACCGAAACGGCGAGGCAAUAGGAGCAGGCACCGAGCAGUGUCGCCCUUAUUUUGGGCGCUGAGAAAAAGAUGACUGUGGUGCCAGGGGAGAACCUGGACGAGACUGUGGCCUUGGCCGCUCUCUGUCACGACGCUUACGAACCCGAGAGGGCGGACCAGGAGUGCUGCGAGCGGGUGGUCAUCAACAUCUCAGGCCUGCGCUUCGAGACGCAGCUCAAGACACUCGCCCAGUUCCCAAGCACUCUUCUCGGCGACCCUAGGAAGCGGAUGCGCUUCUUCGACCCGCUCAGGAAUGAAUACUUUUUCGACCGCAACCGGCCGAGCUUUGAUGCCAUCCUCUAUUACUACCAGUCGGGCGGGAGACUUCGGAGACCUGUCAACGUGCCCGUGGACAUCUUCAUGGAGGAGAUCAAGUUUUACGAGUUAGGCGAAGAUGUGAUUGAGAAUUUCAAAGAGGACGAGGGCUUCAUUAAAGAGGAGGAGCGCCCGUUACCGGAGAACGAGUUCCAGAGACAAGUGUGGCUUUUGUUUGAAUAUCCAGAGAGUUCAGGACCCGCCAGAGGGAUCGCAAUCGUCUCCGUGCUCGUGAUUUUGAUCUCCAUCGUCAUAUUUUGCCUGGAGACGUUGCCAGAGUUCAGAGAGGACACCAAAUCGUACGACGAGCACCUUCCGCUGAAUGGCACGGUGAGCAUUAAGAAGCCAAAUCCGUUCACAGACCCGUUUUUCAUUGUGGAGACGCUGUGCAUCAUUUGGUUCUCCUUUGAGCUGGUCGUGCGCUUUUUGGCGUGCCCAAGCAAGGCGGCAUUUUUCAAAAACAUAAUGAACACUAUCGACGUGGUGGCAAUCAUGCCGUACUUUAUCACACUCGGUCUUGAGCUUGCCGAGCACCAAGGUAACGGGCAGCAGGCCAUGUCAUUGGCCAUCCUGCGUGUUAUCCGGCUCGUGCGCGUGUUCCGCAUCUUUAAGCUCUCGCGCCACUCCAAAGGCCUUCAGAUCUUGGGCAAGACGCUGCAGGCGAGCAUGCGCGAGCUUGGCCUUUUGAUCUUCUUCCUCUUCAUUGGUGUCAUCCUCUUUUCCAGCGCAGUGUACUUCGCUGAGACGGACGACCCCGAGUCAGGCUUCAGCAGCAUCCCGGACGCCUUUUGGUGGGCCGUGGUCUCCAUGACCACUGUGGGUUAUGGAGAUAUGUGCCCCGUGACCAUCGGGGGCAAGAUCGUGGGCUCGCUGUGCGCCAUCGCCGGUGUGCUCACCAUCGCGCUGCCUGUACCUGUGAUCGUGUCCAACUUUAACUACUUCUACCACCGGGAGACAGAGCACGAGGAGCAGCUUCAGUACACGCACGUUACGUGUGGUCAGCAGCCCCAGCAGCAGCCUGGCUACGGCGAUUUCGGCAGGAGUGAGAGCAAGCCUUCCCUCUCCAAAUCGGACUAUUUAGAGUCGGAAGACGCGGACUCAAUCAAGUACACAAACUGCAGCCCACAUAAAGCCUACAAGGGGAAACUCACAGAUGUAUGAGUGUAAAACACAAACACAAAAAAGUGACACGCAAAAACACAAAGGCGCAUUUCUGUGAGCACAAUUCCUCAUCCUGCGCUCCAGCUUGAUUAGAUCUGGUUAUUGAGCUCUGAUUAUCAAGCAUCCUGCGCGCUAAACGGAGUCAUUUUCAUUUAAAAACUCAUUAGAAGAGGAUUUAUAAGACGAGGACGCGAAAAUGGGAUGGUUCCGAUUUUCUUCUUUCUUUCUUUCUUUCUUUCUUUCUUUCUUUCUUUCUUUCUUUCUUUCUUUCUUUCUUUCUUUCUUUCUCUUUAAAACUGUCUUCCACGCUUGUGAUCAUCGACAUUUAAAAAAGAAGAGACUGCAUCUCUAGCCUCAAAGUAUAAUUACAUAAGAAAACAACUAGGCUAAAUAACCAAGCCCGACCUCGUGGAAUAGCACUUUACUCAUGUACUCUUAGUAAUAAAUAAUUUAUUAGGCUAUUAGCUUCGCUUUAUCUGGGGUUUAAAAGUUUACAUAUGAUUUACCUAUUCGGAACAAAGCGAAACGGACCAAUAUAUCUAAAUCAUGUUAUAUUUUUAUUAUAUAUUUUCUACGCCUGGCGACUGCAAGGAGGUCACUCAGUGUUGCUCCUUCUUGUUUUGGUAAUGCUCCUCAGUUUUUCUUCCAUGGCUGUAAAGGUCAGGUGUGAUUAAGUAUGAUCAGUUGGCACUUAUCGACGAGCACUUUCACUAUCCAGAUGACAUCUUAAUUACAUUUCUUCCCAUUUCACAACAGCUUUUAAUCGCCGUUUACACUUCAUUUGCCCUGUAUUUUUAAUUGAUCUCUGAUUAUUGCUUAUCAUCCAAAUAAAUAGGUGUAUAGCUAAGCCAAAAAAAAAGAAGAAGAUAUAAUUUUGGCUUGUGGUUCCAUUUCAAAUAACAGGAUUAGAAAAAAGCCAGGGUUUUGGUUGUGAAGAUGGCAAAAUGUGCAGCUUUACCAAAACCAAGUGUGUGAUCAUGUUUAUAAACCUAGAGUGCCAUCUAUUGGGCAAGAGAGAGAGAGAGAGAGAGAGAGAGAGAGAGAGGCGGGUUCUCAGACACUCUUUGGAGACGGAAGUGUUUCUAUAGCAACCUUCCAGACUGUUCUGAAUCUUCUAACAUCAGGCAAUGGCUACGUCCAAAACUGUACUACUUCUAUAUAUAUGCUAUCAUCUGUAAUACUAUUUUUUUUUGCAUAUAUGUCUGUGCAGUAGUGUUUUGGACGUGCCUGACGUUUUGCCUUAAGUUCUUUUUUUCUGAUAGACAAUACCAGGUCGUUGUUGCUUUCAGUGUUGCUGCUUUCUACAUAACGCCGACCAAGUAAUGUAGCCUUAAUAGAAACCCGAGAUUAGAUUGAAUAGGCCUAUUCGGCAGCUAUAGACGCCCAGAUAAUACUUUUGCAAAGUAUGUCUAACUGUAAGCAACAUAACAUUGUCGCUUAAUUCUGGCUUCACUUGUCGGUCUCUGUUUCUCUAUUUUGGGCGAGGUGGUGGGGGGAGGGGGGUCAUGAUAGAAACACAUGUUAUGUGCAUUGCAGCUGAUUUGGAGACAUUUUCACAUGACAAAGGAGGAAAAAAAAUAACAAACGGAGGACAACAACCCCAUCACUAUUACUGGCACUUGCGUCUGUCGUGAGGCGCAGAAAGAUGGAAUCUUAUUGGCUGGAUUAAGAGUUUCGGCAACCAAUCACUGAUCAGGAUCGGAGAAUUAUGGAAUCUCUUUGAUCUGCUUUUUGAACUUCUUUCCUGUUGAAGCUGUGGAGUGGAUUCCUGCACAAGGAGCAGAAAAAUAAAACCUUUUCAAGAUCAAAAAAGAAAAGAGCAAGGAUAGUCAGAGGAAUCAGAACAGCCUCGCCAAAGUAUGGAAUAGAAGAUCAACUGGAACAGGAAGUUGCUUCACACGUCAACAAUUCAAUCAAAUAAAAGGA